CACAAACUCAACCCAAAAUCUUCAUACGUCGCUGGCAGGAACAAACACCACGCAAACUGUCAUCAAGCUUUUGGUAGAACUGACUAGACAUUGUUAACGGUGAAAUACGUUCAUUAAGAACAUUCCUCGAGGAGGUUGAAGGUUUUUUCGGGAGUUUUCGCAAAGUUUUAAGUGUAAGAAGAAUCCUGUAACAUGCCCAUGAUAAUUCCAGCUUUUUUUCUCAAAGUGCAAACUCACUCCAUUACCAAUCUCGCACUAGGUGCUCUUUGCUUCAUCUUCCAGAUUGCUGCUUUGGCUGUAAGUCCGCAUGAUGUCUAUGAACAAAUUGGUAUUGGCUUUUGGGGUGGACUUAUUCUCAUAAUCACUGGAAUAACUGCUUACAAAGCAGCAACCGGAGAAGCGCCAUUUCUUUUAGGGUGCAGUUUUGUGCUAUCAAUUUUCGCAUUUUUAACCAGCUUCUCUAUCAUGUGCAUUUUUGCUGCAUCGAUUGAUCAAAUGAAACGGUACAUUGAAAACCCAUGCACGGGUUACUGUACUGGACUAGGACCGGUUCCGGUACCCAUUUCUCCAUGCUCUCACUAUAGCAGUGCCCACUUGGCAUUUGAUUCGAUUCUACUUACGUGCGGACUGAUUGGUAUCCCGGUAAACGCUUUGUUAGUUUUGGCUGUUAUUUCAAUGUACAAUCCUCUUCCGGCCGCUACUCCUGCUACAUAAAAAACAAUAAGAAAUGUGUAUGUUUUUUUUAUGGUCGAAAGUUUCUCAGAAAGAAGUGUAGCCUAAGUCACGUUUCUUAGAUCCGCUUUCCUCCCGGAAAAUACACAUCGUUAUUAAAUACCAUAA